UGAAUUAUUAUCUCAUAUAGUGUACUUCUCAGCAGCUGGUGUAAAAAAUGGGCGGCUUGAUGAAGCAUUGUCAUUGUUCUAUAAAAUGGAAAGUACUGGUUUAGAUCCUGAUAUUGUUGUAUAUUCUAUCCUCAUCCAUGGCCUCUGCAAACAAGGAGAAGUUGAAAGAGCUAUACAACUAUACAAUGAAAUGUGCUCAAGGAGAAUCCUCCCAAACUCUAUUUACACAUGGGGGUAUUCUGCUGGGUUUGUGUGAGAAAAGGAUGAUAUCUGAGGCAAGGAAGUACUUUGAUUCAUUAAUAGUGAGUGGCUUCUCACAGGAGAUUGUCUUGUAUAAUAUCAUGGUCAAUGGGUAUGUUAAACUUGGUUGUAUUGAGGAGGCUGUAAAGUUGUACAAACUAAUAAUUGAAAAGGGGAUUAAUCCAACUAUAGUUACUUUCAAUUCUCUGAUAUAUGGAUUCUGCAAAAACGGAAAGUUAGCUCAGGCGAGACAAAUUUUAGAUACCAUCAAGCUGCAUAGACUUGAACCAAGUGCUGUAACUUAUACGACUCUUAUGGACGCAUACAGUGAAGAAGGAAAUAUAUGCUGUAUGCUCGAGCUGCUUCAGGAUAUGAAAGAAAAGGCCAUUGGACCAAAUCAUGUCACUUACACUGUAAUUAUUAAGGGCCUUUGCAAACAGAGAAAGCUGCAAGAGUCUCUACAAUUACUUAAAGACAUGUACGCUAGGGGACUAACUCCUGAUCAAAUCACAUAUAAUAUCAUUAUUCAGUCUUUUUGCAAGGCUAGAGAUUUCACAAAAGCUUUCCAGUUAUUCGAGGAGAUGCUGCUGCAUAAUCUGCAGCCAACAUCUGUCACCUAUAAUGUUCUCAUUAAUGGCCUUUGUGUGUAUGGGGAUCUAAUCGAUGCUUAUAGGCUCCUGGUUUCUCUUCAGAAGCAAAAUGUUACUUUGACAAAAUUUGCUUAUACCACAAUAAUCAAGGGGCACAGUGCAAAAGGUGAUCCACAAAUUUCUGUAGUUCUAUUCCACCAAAUGAUGGAGAGGGGAUUUCAGAUUACAAUCAGAGAUUAUAGUGCCAUCAUCAACAGACUUUGUAAAAGAUUUCUUACAAGUGAAGCUAAAUAUUUUUACUCAUUGAUGUUAUCUAGUGGAAUUUCUCCUGAUCCGGAGAUCUGCAUAAUGAUGCUUAACUCUUUCUGUCACAAGGGGGAUCUCAAUUCAUUUAGUGAAUUACUUGCUGAGAUGAUAAAAUCUGGUGUACUUCCUGAAUAAAAGAUGAGGAAUUAACAAUGUUGACGCAUCUCAUCUUUGAAAGAGAUGGCAUUUUCAAGUUAUAAGAGUUCAAAUGUGAGGUCUAUAAAAAGAGUUCCUACCUGAGGAAGAUGUUUAUUGGCUAUGGGAAUGGGCUAUUGACAGUCUCUGCUGCCCUCUGUUUCCUGUUGCUGCAUACAGUGACAGCCUCAUCAUUCACCUUUGAGAGUGGUAAAGUUGGAUUACAAAGAUGAUGGAUCAUGAAUGCUUGCUACUUGAGAAGAUUAUAAUGCUGCACUUUGCCAAGAUUAACUUUUGUAAAGUGUCGGACGUCAUUCUUACUAUAGGAAAGAAAAGUAGGAGUAACACUGGAAGUACUUGACAUGCAAAUUCAAUCCGGGACGAGGUAUCUUGCAGUAUCCGUUGGGGUCAAUCUUUUUUAUUCCUGAUGGUGAUUAUUAACAUCAAUCUCAGAAGACAAAUUGUUGGUACAAUCAGACAAAGGAAUUGCCAUGCAUCAUAAAAUCCAAGAGCUGCAGAACAUACAGGUUUAUUCAGGAUCCAUUGGCAAUGCUGGUAAGCUAUCAAGUAUGGCAAUAUUGGGGUAAUGUACUUGUGGUCAACGUUUAAAGUUCUUGCUCUUGAAUUGGAUUACAGUUGUUUCACACGAGGUAAAAAUUUUCGUAAUUUUAUCUCUCAGUUAUUUUUCCAUCAAUAAUGUAAUUAUAUAUUCUUCCCUGGUGUAAUUAUUUUCCUGGAAAUAAAUU